AUGCCGCGGCCCCGCGUCGGGACUCAGCCUUGCAGCCGUCCCUGGACGCCGGGAGGCAGCGGCUGCAGGGGGCCUGGCGCAGCUGAGCCGGCUGAUGGCUACCUGCUCUCCAGCCCGCCGUUCACCUGGAACCCGCAGGAAACCAGGUGGCUUUUGGCAUCUGAUAAGAGGACCCUGGCAGCCUCGGGGCGCCCGGCGGGGCAGGGAGCCGGGAGCAGGUGUGGGCCGGGUCCGGGUGCGCGGGGCGGGAUCCGGCGUGACCAGCUGCAUAUAGGCGGGCGCAGGGCGUGGGGGCGUGAUGAGCAGCGGCCGCAGAGAACCUGGGCCGGCGUGGGCGUCUCCCUGAGGGAGCUCCUCUUUGCAACCCUGGCUGAGUGCCAGCUCCCCCGCCCCUGUGCCCAGCUGCUGAGCUGGCAGCCCAAGCACCUGCAUGUCCUUGGACAUGGCUCCCUCCUGCCCCCGUUUUGUCACCCAUGGGGUGGGGUGCUGGCUGUCCCCUCUGUGGUCCUCACUGAGGGUGUUCGGAUAAACCUGCUCUCCCCGACAUCACCGGAGGGCACUGAGCCUUCAUUUGUUUCCAGAAGCUGCGCCUGGCUGCCAGUCCAACUUGGGGCUGCACACCGGCUGCCCUGCUGUCCCCCACCCCGAGGUCCCAGAGCCGCCCAGCCUUGGGAGGGGUCCCCACAAUCCGGCCCCUCCCCCACAGUCCCCAGAGGCAGUCCCUGCUCCUGUGGAUUGGAGCGGGAUCUGCCAGGGAGCCCCGUGACUCGGCCCCCCUGCAGAGAGCACGUGAGGCCGGCCGGCCCACCAGCCCCUUCCAGAAGGAAGCGGGCCCCAGCUGUCCUCCCGGACUCCUGGGCACUCCCCCAUCUCGGGCAUCUGGUGGGCAGGACGCUGGUGCCCACCCUCAUCUUCCAGCUGUUUGGGGCAGAGGCUGCCACUACCCCCAGGGAGGGCCAGGGGCUCAGGAGCCCUGAAGCCAGCAGGCCGGGCACAUUCCAGAGCUGGCUGUCCGGGGCCCCCGUCCCUGCUGUGGACCCCGCCAGGGCUGCUGCCUUCUUCAUGGGACCCAAGGACAGGGGACGGUGCUCGUGCCAGGGGCCGGGGCACAGCUGCUGUGCAGAGAUCCGUGGCGCCCCUCGGGGCACACCUGCCCCAGGGACACGUGUGGGCAGCCCCCUGGCCAGGGGCGGCCGGGACACCGUGGACGGGCAGAUCUUGGGGUGGCUGCGCCCCCUGGCCGAGGAGGGGGAGGAGCAGCGGGAGGAGGGGGCUGCGGCUAUGUGGCCCCUGGGGCCCGCCCUCCCCGAGAUGGGCUCCCCGGAGCGGCGCCUGGCCUCCUUCUCUGCCUGGCCGCCGACCGCCGCGGUGCCCCCCGCGCAGCUGGCUGCGGCUGGCUUCUUCCACACGGGCCAGCAGGACAAGGUGCGGUGCUUCUUCUGCUACGGGGGCCUGCAGAGCUGGGAGCAGGGGGACGACCCCUGGGCGGAGCACGCCACGUGGUUCCCCAGGUGUGAAUUCCUGCUUCGGUCCAAAGGCAGGGACUUUGUCCGCAGUGUCCAGGAUUCGCUCAGCUGCUGGGGCCCAGUGGAAGAACCAGAAGGCGCAGCCCCUGCCGCCCCCUCAGCUCCUGUCCACGGUGGCUCCGCACUGCGCCCACCCAGAGGAGAGACCCAGCCUGAACGGCCCGGGGAGCCAGGAGUGGACGCGGAGGAGCAGCUGCGGCGCCUGCGGGAGGAGCGGAUGUGCAGGGUGUGCCUGGACCGCACGGUGUCCAUUGUCUUCGUGCCCUGCGGCCACCUGGCCUGUGCUGACUGUGCCCCCAGCCUGCGGCCGUGCCCCCUCUGCCGGGCCCCCAUCGGCAGCCGCGUCCGCACCUUCCUGUCCUAGCGGGAGGCCACACCGUCCCGCGUCGGCCAGUGAGAAUCGUCAUGCUGCCCCCCAGCUGGCCUAAGCCCCCGUUGCCCAGUGAGGGUGGGCACGCGUGAGGACCACCGCCUGCUGCCCAGCAGACCUCUGCAUUGACUGUCCUGGGGGGCGUCUCCUCAGUGCCGCCUGGCCCCGGAGUGCGCUGAGAAACACGGGGUGGCCUGGCCUGGGGACCGUGU